AUGGUUAAAUCUUCAACAACGCCAACUUUCAAAAAGCAGAUUAAAUCUUCGACAACUCCAUUGUCAUCAAAGAAAUCUUCUAUCACGUCGUCAUUACCGACUAAAGGCAAACUGAAUUCUACAAUAAACGAACUUUCAACUAUAGCUAAAGCAACUUCACCACCAAAAAAAAAAUCAAAAAAAGUAAAUUCUCUUAAAUCAACUUCCACAAAACAUACAAAGAAAAAUAAAAAUGGUUCAAAUAGUUCUAAUAAUGAUAAAUAUAAGUUGAAAGAACCCAAUGAAAUGGAAAUUGACAAUAAUGAUUUAUCAGAUGAUUCGAUUGAUUUUGGAAUGACUGGCGGUGAUAUGGACGAAGAAUUAUUUAAUUUGAAAAUAGAUGCUUCAACAUCUGAUGAUGAUGAAAAUUCUAAAGUUGAUGGUAGUGAUAUUGAUAGUGUUAUCGAGAAUAAUGAUGAAAAUGUUAAAAUAAAUGAGAGUGAUAAUAUGGAUAUUGAUCAAAAGAGCGGACGUGAAAAUCUGAAUGAGGAACUGUUGGAUGAUGAGGAAGGCAAGGAAGAUAAGUUUAAACGACAAAAAAACCAGGAACCCGAUUAUAAUGUAAUCAAGUUAGCAUUACAACGUAAACAUGCAGUUACAAAAAGACUUGAUCCAGUUUAUCAUUUAGGAUUAAAGGAAUUAUGGAAUCAAGUCCGAAUAAAAAAUAUUUCUAAAGAAAAAAGAAACAAGUAUAUGGAUGAAUUAUUUGAAUUAAUUAAAGGUAAAAUACCUGAAAUAUUAUUUAAAAUUGAUACUUCACGUAUUAUACAAACCGUACUUAAGUAUGGUACAGAAGAACAACAAAAAAUUAUUAUUGACGAGUUGGAAGGAAGAUGGUUAGAAGCUUCAAAAAAUGUUUAUGCUAAAUUUGUUAUUUGUAAAGUUUUGAAGUAUUGCCCUAAACACAGGUAUAAAAUUAUAUCAGAAUUUAAAGGUAAUAUUUCAAAAUUGAUGCAACAUACCGAAGCUCGUAGUGUAAUUCUAGAAGCUUAUGAAUUACUUAAUGCAAAACAAAGAUCCUCUUUAAUCCAAGAAUUUUAUGGGAAAGAAUUUUCCUUAUUCAAGGAAACACAAGGAUUAAGCAUUGAGGAACUCGUAAAAGAAAAUCCCUCGAAUAAAGACAGAGUUCUUGAAAACCUUUCAAGAGAAAUAGAGGCAAUAAUGAAAAAACCAGGGUUAAUUGGAUAUAUUAUACCACAACGUAUUAUGUUAGAUUAUUUUACUCAUGCUAAUGAAAAUAAGAUUCGUGAAAAAGUUGCUUUAAUUGGAGAACACGUACAUGAAUUUUUACAUACGCGUGAAGGGUCUCGUGUAGCAAUGAUGUGUUUUUCUUAUGGCACCGUAAAAGAUAGGAAAACUAUGUUGAAAGCCAUGAAAGAUUAUGUCGAAAAGAUAUGUUGUGAAGAAUAUGGACAUUUGGUAUUAUUGAGGGCAUUUGAUGUUGUUGAUGAUACUGUCGCUGUAUCAAAAUAUAUUAUUGAGCAAAUGACCAAAUUGAAUAAAUUAAGGAAUAUUCUUCAAAAUAAGUGGGGUCAUCGUGUAAUUCUAUACUUGUUGGUAAAUAGGUCUACUUUAUACUUUAGCAAUGAAACAUUACGUCUGCUUGCUCUUGGUGAUGACAUACGCACAAAGACAAGCAAAAAAGAUCCAAUUGUACGUGCAAACGAGCUUCGCAAAGCAAUUUCACCUGCUUUAAUAGAAUAUGCACAAAACAAUACAUCAUCAAUGUUCCUGUUUACCUAUUCAACUCAAGUCCUCUGCGAAAUAUUACUACGUGCGGAUGGAACUUUAGAACAAAAGACGCCAAUUUUAGAAAAUAUAGCAAGAUUAACUAAUAAAAGUCCGAGUGAAGCAGAGAAUGAUAAUAUUAUGUUAUCUUAUAUUAAUCGUACUCUUAAAGUAUUAGUUCACGGAGGACAUCGGAAGCCGCCUAAAUCACUACAAAUUAAACAAGAAGGUUCAAAAAACGACGUUUCACCACAAGUCUUUAAUGAUGAUAAGGCAGAACUACACUUUGGACCGAUUUUAUUUAAUAAUAUUAAAGAAUAUAUUUUAUUCUAUGCAUGUCACCUUACUGCUUCUUUUGUAAUUUUGGCUUUAUUGGAAAAUAAAGAGACUAAUAUGUAUGUUAGGGAAGAAUUAUUGAAAGGUGUAGAACAAAUUCAAAAUGCUGCUAAGAAAAACGAAAAGUCUGGAGCAAAUUUAAUUUUAAAAGAAUUAGGAAUUAAAUUGGAAAAUAAGAAGGGAGGACAAAACAUUAAAGUGAAGUCUGAAGGAAUUAAUGAUAAGGGUCAUGGAAUUAAAGCUGGUGCGAAUAAGAACAGUGAAAAUAAAGGAAGAGGAAAGGAAAUGGUGAAAGGAAAAGGGAAUAAGAAAGAAAUUAAUGGUAUUAAAGGUGUAAAAAGAAAACGAUGA